CGAUCCGGACAACAUCGUUCCUUACUAGGGCCACGUUCCACCGGUCAGCCAGCUCAUCCCCGACGUUCGCCAAGACGAUCUCCCACCCGAACUACAAGAGGCCACACACUACCACCAGCAAGUCCACAAGACGCCCCAGUCACUGCACCGAAUGCCACACCAACACACACCUCACAACCCCAACCACCGUCCAAUCCAUCUCCUUUGCCACCUACACCACCACCACCACCCUCCUCUCCCCCAUUCCCACCUACACCACCAACCCCGCCAUACACCGUCACCCCACAUCAACCAUCCCAGACGACCGACUACCCUAUGCCUCCUACCCCGGCCAACACCCCCUGCCAUUUUUCUCAAACCACCCACUGCACUCCCCCAAUCUUUCUGCAUUCCCUGCCCUCAUCGAGAACCUCCGCCCAAACCUCCACCACGUCCUUCAGCACUGCCUCCAUCAACUACACCGCAGGUCCUCCUCGAUUCCAUGCCAUUUACACGAAUGUCCCAAUUAA